AUGUCGUCACAGUACGAAAAAUUCCAGCACUCAGAGUGCGAGAAGCAGAGCCAAAGGCCUGGAAAUGGGCUGCCUCCGCCUCGGCCCUUCCUGAAGCAGCUGUGCCCUGGGCCGCGGCCUCUGCUGUGCUCCCUGGGCCUCAGCCUCCUCCUGCUGGUCGGCAUCUGUGUGCUCGGAUCCCAGAAUUCCAGGUUUCAGAGGGACCUGGCGACCCUGAGAGCAACUUUCAACAACUUCACUGCGAACACUGCGGCCGAGGUCCAGGCGCUGAGAUCCCAGGGAGGCAAAAUACAAGAAGUGAUAACUUCUCUGAAAGCCGAGGUGGAAAAUCAGAAGCAGGAGGUGCAGGCAGCCCGCAGCUUGAACGACAAGGUGUUCUCCCUGGAGAGCAAGAUCGAGAAGGAGCAGCAGGAGCUCAAAGCAGGUCAUUCUGAUACGCUCCUUCGGGUGCAGCAGCUGGCCAGAGACGUGAGAUCCCUGACUUGCCAGAUCGUCGCUCUCCAGAGCAACGGCUCUCAAAAUACCUGCUGCCCCCCGAACUGGCUGGAGCACGAGGGCAGCUGCUACUGGUUCUCCGGCUCCUCCCAGAAGAUGUGGGCGGACGCGGACCUGUACUGCCAGCAGGAGAGCGCGCACCUGGUGGUCGUCAACUCCAGAGCCGAGCAGACUUUUGUGCAGGAGCACAUCAGCUCACACACGUGGAUGGGACUCACUGACGCUGACGGAGCCUGGAAAUGGGUGGACGGGACGGACUACGAGACCAACUUCAAGAACUGGAAGCCAGACCAGCCGGACAACUGGGACGGGCACGGACUGGGCGGGGGCGAGGACUGUGCGCACUUCAAAGCUGACGACGACGACGGCAAGUGGAAUGACAACGCCUGCCAGAGGGUCUUUGGCUGGGUGUGCGAGACCAGCCUGGGCGCGGCCAGCUAG